CACUAGUGCUUCCAGACCUCCUAUAAAAAGCAUCAUCUCUCCUGUCUCGCCCUGCCAGAAAUCCCUGGUGAAAGCCUAAUAUGAACGUCCUGCUCAUCUCGUUGCUGGGCUGCCUUGUUCUGGCGCUGCCCUCAGACAGUGCUCAAAAAGUCAAAUGGUGUGUGAAAACACAGAGUGAGCUGAAAAAAUGUGAACACCUUACCAGCAAAUCACCAGAUCUUGAGUGUCAUAUCCGGCCUUCUCUAACUGAGUGCAUGAAGAGCAUCAAGGAUGGUGAUGCAGAUGUUGUAACUGCAGAUGGAAAAGAUAUUUACUUAGGUGGACUCCAUCCUUACGGACUCCGUCCUAUCAUUGCAGAGAAAUAUAAAAAAGAUUGUUGUUAUGCUGUGGCUGUGGUAAAGAGAGACGCUACCUUCAGCAUCAGUGAACUCAAAGGAAAGACGUCCUGCCACAGUUGUUAUCAAAGGUCUGGAGGCUGGACUAUACCCAUUGGAAGACUGGUUGCAGGAAGUAAAAUUUCCUGGGAAGGUCCUGAUGAUAUGGCUCUUGAGAAGGCUGUGUCACAGUUCUUCUCAGGCAGUUGUGUUCCUGGAGUAUCAAAAGCCCAAUACCCAAAGCUGUGCCAAGCUUGCCAGGGUGACUGCAGCUGCUCACAGAGUGAAAAGUACUCCGGUGAUGAAGGAGCCUUCCAGUGCUUGAAAAGUGGUGGAGGACAAGUUGCCUUUGUUUGCCACGAUGCAAUCCCAGCGAGUGAGAGACAGGACUACCAGCUGUUGUGCAUGGACGGCAGUAAGAAAAGUGUUGAGGACUACAAGGAUUGCCACCUCGGCAAAGAGCCUGCCCGUGCUGUCAUCGGUCGCAUGGACGCUGAUUCACAGGAGAUUUAUAAAGUCCUUACACACAUUCCGGAUUCAGAUCUCUUCUCUUCUGACGCUUUUGGGGUUAAAGACCUGAUAUUCUCAGACUCUGCAUCUGGCCUGGUGGAGCUCCCUAAAAGCACAGACUCCUUCCUCUACCCGAAAAAAUGUUUUUAUACGGCCAUGCGUGCCUUUAAAGAUGGAAGCCCGCCAGCACCGACUGCGGACCGUCCCAUUGAAUGGUGUACUAUUGGCCACGCAGAGAAAAAGAAGUGUGACAAAAUAAAUUCAGUUGUUCCUCGUAUGGAGUGCAGAAGUGGAUCAUCUGUGGAAGACUGCAUCAAGAAAGUCAUGCGCGGAGAAGCAGAUGCCUUUGCAGCUGAUGGUGGCCAGGUAUAUAUUGCUGGAAAGUGUGGUCUAGUUCCAGCCAUGGUUGAGCAGUAUGAUCAACAAAGCUGUCCCGAUGCUGGAGAGGCCUCAAGUUACUAUGUCGUGGCGGUUGUGCGUAAGGACUCGGGUGUAACAUGGAGUAAACUGAAAGGAAGAAAGUCCUGCCACACUGGCUUGAACCGCAACGCUGGAUGGAAAGUUCCAGAUUCAGUCAUAUGUGGCACAACACCUGACUGUACACUAUACAGUUUCUUCAGUGAAGGCUGCGCUCCUGGUGCUGAUCCUGCAUCAAACAUGUGUAAACUGUGUAAAGGAAGUGGGAAGGCGGUGGGAGAUGAGAGCAAGUGCAAAGCCUCUUCUGCGGAGAUGUAUUAUGGCUAUGAUGGGGCUUUCAGGUGUCUUGCAGAAAAAGCUGGUGAAGUUGCUUUUAUCAAGCACACUAUUGUUGGUGAUUACAAAGAAGGUAAAGGACAGGACUGGGCUAAGGAUAUAAGGGCAGAUGAAUUUGAACUGAUCUGCCCACACUCACCAGACAGAACAUUCAAAUACACUGAAUAUGAAGCAUGUCAUCUUGCCAGAGUGCCAGCUCAUGCUGUGGUCACUCGGGAAGAUGUACGCAGUGAUGUGGUGGCUGUUCUGAAAUCGGCUCAAAGCUCUUAUAAAGACCUGUUCAAGUCUGAGGAAGAAAAAAACCUCCUUUUCACAGAUAACACUAAAUGCCUUCAAGAAAGUACUAAACCUCUGGAGGAAUUCCUGAGUAAACCUUACAUUGACAUGAUUGAAAGGACCUACAAGACUAGCCAGGGUGUACCAGAUCUGGUGAGGGCAUGCACUUUGGAUAGCUGCAUAGUAGAUUGAGUUCCUAACAGAAAUACUCAUCAAAUUUCCCCAACAAAGAAUCUACAUCUCUGAAUCACUCUAUUUCUCCUUACAAGUUACCAGUAUGAGAGAAACAUGAUGUUCACAUGUUGCAGUAGUGUCAGUACAAAUGCAUAUGAUCAAACACAAGGGCAGCAUUGCUGUUAAAUCUCACUCAAAACAGUGAUGGAUGUGAUUAGGUCUUGUUUUAUUACAACAGGGGUUUAAAUAAAAAAAUUCUCAAAACCA